UAUUUACAAAGUGCCAUUUCAGAAAAAUUUUACAACCCAAACCCACAAAUCUCUCUCCCUAUUUUCUUCAUUCUCUCUCUCUCUCUCUCUCUCUCUUUCUCUCUGUGUCUCUGUGGAGCCCAUCGGUGUGAAUUAAUAUUCCUAAGCCGGAAAAUUGCUUUCAGGAUCGGAGAGCUUCUGUAAUGGUGAAUUGCCGGUGACGGAAAUUGCAGAGCUUCCUGGCGAGGUAAGAUUUCUUGAAAAUCUUCCUGAGCCGUGUGUUGCCUUAGGGGGUCCGCCUCUUUGGAUUUAUGUGAACUUUUAAAUCUAUUUUAAGCUUUUAGGAUCUUUUUGCUGCAGAUCUGGUUGGUUUUGGUAAAAGGAAAUUUAGGGUUUUUCUGGGUGGGAAUUUUCUUGUUUAAAUUUAUCAAAUUCUGGGAUGAACUUGAAGGGUGCUUUUGAAAUUUAGUGGGGAGGUUAUGGAAGAGGGUGUGAGAUCUGGUUCUUCUUCUGGGGUCGUGGUGAAGAAUAGAAAUUCUUCGGGUUGCUUAAUUGUGAGAAGGAAAGGAGAUGUCUUGGUUGGUGGAGGACUUGGUUCUUCGAGUUCUGGGAAGGUUUACGAAUCAAAAAAGGAGAAGAAAAGACAGCGCUUGGUUAUGAGCGAUUCAGGGUCCAGUGAUGAGCUAUUGAUACCUCCCCGUAGAAGGGUCGGUCCUGAAACUAUUCGGGUAUGUAAUGACUUAACUUCUUUUGAAAAGGGUACUACCAUAGAGGAUAACGAAAUUAGUAGAAAGAGGAAAAAAUAUGAGCGCAUUUGGCAUAAUGAGGAUGGUAUCGUUGUUAAGAAUGGGUUGGAUGACGGUGAAAGAAAGAGAAGUAAGUUGGAUGUGUUUGAAUUCAAUGAGUAUGAUGGUUAUGAUGGGGAGAUGAUGAUGCAUAGGAAACGCUUUGAUGAUAGUGGCAUUGAUUAUGGGGGAAGAAGGUUGUUAGGAUCAAUGCAUGUAGCACGAAGUAGCAUCGAGAGGCAAUUUGAGACCGGAUCAAGCAGACAUGUCAUUGACAAUAGAAAGAAUUUAUAUUUUGACAGAAAAAGUGGCUUGAACCGAGGAGAUCAUAUUGAUAAGAGAAGAUUUGAGAUCAGUAGGGAUAAUGGGCCCCAGCAGUCCUUACUCAGAGACAAGUUCAUGGGUCAUUCAGAUGAAUCCAUUAGACUUCAAGGAAAAAAUGGUGUUUUGAAGGUGAUGGUCAAGAAGAAAAAGAGUGUGGGUGGAUCCCUAGAAAAUUAUCCUUUCCACAAAGCUGAGGAAAACAGAAAGGCUUCAAGAACAGAAGAUAUUGCCAAGAAGAAUGUUGUGAUCCCUCCUUUUUACUCAGAGGCAAAGCUUUCUGAGAAGGCAGGUUCAAUUGCUAGGGCAGAGAAGAUCCAUAUGCAUUCACGAAAACCAUUGCCCACUAAUAAAAAGAGCAAGGCCUCCAAUUGGGAUUCAGAGGAUAGUGACACAUCUUUGAAUCCAGGAUCAGAUACUGUGGAGGUUUGUAAAUCUGCAAAGCGGGUAAGUUGUGAAGGUGAUGAUAGUCCUUCAUGUGAAAAGCUGCAACCAAAUAGAACCAAGGAAGGAAAAGUUAAGCGUGGUAGUGGCACAGAGAAGCAAAAACUCCGUGAGCGGAUUAGGGGAAUGCUCCUGAACGCAGGCUGGAAUAUAGAUUACAGGCCUAGAAGGAACAGAGACUACCUAGAUGCGGUGUAUAUCAACCCUUCAGGAACUGCUUACUGGUCCAUCAUCAAGGCCUAUGAUGCACUUCAAAAGCAAUUAAAUGAGGAGGACGUUGAGGCCAAGCCUAGCACGGAUGUUUCAUCAUUUACACCCAUAGCUGAUGAUGUACUCAGUCAAUUAACCAGGAAAACUAGAAAGAAAAUUGAGAAGGAAAUGAAAAAAAAGCAGAGAGAUGCAAAUGAGAAUGAGAAUGUAAAACAUGUUGGUAUCAGAAGAUCCACAAGUACUAAGCAUGACACUGAUAGUAUGGACAGUGCUAGUCAUGAAGAGAAACUAAGCUCCUUCAUAAAGCAGGGUGGUAAGUCAUUUAAGAGUAAAAUGAAUGAAAAUGGCUUUGCUAGUGUGAACUCGAAUGGUCAGAAUUCUACCCAUCAUUUGCGAGAUACUGUUGAGAAAUCGGCCUCUGGUUCCAAUUCUCAUCUGCUACAUGGAAGAAAAAGUAGAAAACAUGGAAGAUGUACAUUGUUGGUUCGUAACAAGGGGUCAAAUUCGGAAAUUGAUGGCUUUGUUCCUUAUACCGGAAAGCGAACACUGCUUUCCUGGCUGAUUGACUCGGGAGCUGUGCAAUUAAGCCAAAAGGUGCAGUAUAUGAAUCGGCGGAGGACACGUGUAAUGCUGGAGGGCUGGAUUACAAGGGAUGGAAUUCAUUGUGGCUGUUGCAGUAAAAUUCUCACAAUAUCAAAAUUUGAGAUUCAUGCGGGAAGCAAAUUGCGCCAGCCAUAUCAAAAUAUAUAUUUGGAAUCUGGGAUUUCCCUUCUGCAGUGCCAGAUAGAUGCAUGGAAUAGACAAAAGGAUUCUGAAAACAUUGGUUUUCAUUCUGUGGACAUUGAUGGUGAUGAUCCAAACGAUGAUACUUGUGGCAUCUGUGGAGACGGUGGGGAUUUAAUCUGUUGUGAUGGCUGUCCUUCAACAUUUCAUCAAAGCUGCUUGGGAAUACAGAUGCUUCCUCCGGGUGAUUGGCAUUGUCCGAAUUGUACGUGCAGAUUUUGUGGGAUGGCUAGUGAGAAUGUUUCUGAAGGGGAUGACACAACUGUUUCUGCUCUACUUGAUUGCAGUCUCUGUGAGAAAAAAUAUCAUGUAUUAUGCGUUCAAGAUUUGGAUGUCAAUCUUGUUGAUUCCUCUAGUUUAGCCUCUUCUUUCUGUGGGAAAAAAUGCAAAGAGCUCUUUGAGCAUUUGCAGAAGUGUCUAGGGGUCAAACAUGAUCUAGAAGCCGGAUUUUCAUGGUCUCUUAUUCAUAGAACAGAUGAAGAAUUAGAUGCAUGUCAUCGAGGAGUUCCUUAUAGGGUGGAAUGCAAUUCAAAGCUAGCUGUUGCAUUGUCGGUUAUGGAUGAAUGCUUUUUGCCAAUUGUUGAUAGGAGGAGUGGGAUCAAUUUAAUUCAUAAUGUUCUUUACAACUGCAGAUCAAACUUUAAUAGACUGAACUAUGGUGGAUUCUACACUGUUAUUUUGGAGAGAGGUGAUGAAAUAAUUUCUGCAGCAUCUAUCAGGUUCCAUGGGACGAAGUUAGCAGAAAUGCCAUUUAUUGGAACUCGCCAUAUAUACCGGCGUCAAGGGAUGUGCCGUCGGCUUUUAUCUGCCAUUGAGUCAGUUCUCUGUUCCCUCAAGGUCGAGAAAUUGAUUAUUCCUGCAAUAUCUGAACUGAUGCAUACAUGGACGGUUGUUUUUGGUUUUACAUCCGUUGAGGAAACACUCAAGCGAGAAAUGAGGUCAAUGAACAUGUUGGUGUUCCCUGGUAUUGACAUGCUACAGAAGCUGCUAAUGGUGCAAGAAAAUGAGGCGAACAUAAAAACCAGCACAGAUGCAAAGCAAAUGGAAUGCAAAGGCAAGCAAGGCAUUGAGGAGGCUGAUGAGGUGGCAAUAAAAUCAGAUGUGGGAACCUCAACUGGGAAUGGUUCUAAUGGCUCUGAUGAAGCUGAUGCUGAUUUGGAUAAUGUCAAUGAGACAGCCAAGAACUGUGAUGAUGAAGCUGCUGAUACAUCCAAUAAUUGUGAUGAUGAAGCUACUGAUUUGGAUAAUGUCAAUGAGAUGGCCGAUAACCUUGAUGAUGAAGCUGCUGAUUUGGAUAAUGUAAACAAGACAGCUGAUAACUGUGAUGAUGAAGCUGCUGAUUUGGAUAAUGUCAAUGAAACAACUUACAGUGGAUCUGCUGCUUCAACGGAUUCUGGAUCUGGGUCAGGGUCAGGGUCUGGAUCCCAGUGUCAUGAUGUCUCCUUAAACGACACAGUUUUGACAAAUGGUUCUUUUGAUGCUUCUCCUAAACUUAAAAAUACGGAUAAUGUCGGAGGGAUUACUGGGUCCGACUCUCAUUCUGAGGCCGAAUGUAAUGGAAGUGGAACUCCUUGUGAGAGGACUAGUCUAUCUUCGUCUAGUACAAAUCAUGAUACCCUCGAGAUGGAUGACAAACCACAGGACCAGCCCAACAUUAUUUGUGGUCUUACUCGAGAAAUAAGUGACGAGGAUCAUUUAAUUAAAUAGUAUAUUUAUAAUAUAAAUAAUAUUAAUCAAUUUUUGUUUACAA